AUGGCUGACCCGAAUUGGCUUAGUGAUCCUAGCUUUAUGGAUAACUCAGGUGAUGAUUUUUUGAAUUCUAUUUUUGAUCAGAACCAGGGCCAGGCACCUGCCCUGAGUCAACAACAGUCAGCACCAAUAACGACAGCAGCACUGGGAAUACCAUCGCAGCAACAGCAACAGCAGCAACAGCAGCAGAUACCACUGUUUCAACAGCAAACACAUCUGCUUCAACAACAAUUACAACUGUCGCAGUCUAUGCAACCACCAAUGUCUGGUCUGCCAAUGCAACAACUGCAACCACAACCACAAGCACAACUGCAAUCUAGUACUCCUCAUAUGGGUGCUGGAACUAUCCAACAGCAAGCACUUCAUCAACAGUUUCCUAAUCAGCAACAGAUUCCACCACAGAUGCAAGGGUCACAAGACCCAAACUCGAUGUAUAUGAGGCAACCAUCACAACAAAUCAAUUCAACAAAGCAAGAGAUGCUUUUGAAGAUGAAGCAACAGAUACAUAGACAAAAAAUGCAAGCACAAGCACAAGCACAAGCACAGGCACAGGCACAGGCACAGGCACAAGCGCAGGCACAGAACCCAACUCCAAGCCAAAGCCAACAUUUUCAGAACCAGAUACAAGCUGAUUUGUCGAGACAUGUAUCUCCUCAUGGCUCUCAAGUUCCUACUCCCUUGCCUAACCAAGUAACCCCAACUAUGGGAAAUAUGAGCAAUAAUGCCAAUGUCCAAGCUUUUCAACAACAAUCGCAACUACCAACGGCUCAUUUGCCUCAACAAAAUGUACCGCAGCAAAUGCAGCAAUUUCCAAUACCACAAAAACAAGCGUUUCAACAACAAGGAAUGCCAGUUCAACAACAGGCUACACAAGGACAACAGCAGCUGCAACAACAACAACAACGCUUGCAACAGAAGGCGUCAAUAAGUACACAGAUCAGCGCAGAAACGUUUCAAGCGCUUUUGUUUGACUUUAUGAAUCGUCGUGGAACACCCAUCAAGCAGCCAAUCAUUAUUAAUAACAAGCGAGUGAGCCUUUUUAUGUUUUUCUUGUUGUGUUCCAAAUUGGGUGGCCAUCAACAAUUGAAGCGAUUUAUAAACAUUGACUUUCAACAACAGCAGCGUAACCCUUGGGCUUUGAUUGGGAUGAAAAUGGGACUUUAUGCAGGAGCAAAUUUACAAGAACCAGGAGUGAAGGAAAAUCUAGACAGAGAGAUUUGUGCUUGUUAUGCCAAUAAUAUUUUGCCAUAUGAAGAGUAUUAUGCUACACCAGCGGGACUGAGAGAUCUUCUGCAAAGGAAGGCUCAAUUUCAAACACAAAUUAUUCAAAAGUACCAACAACAAGUACAACAGCAACAGCAGCUAUUCAAUCAACAACAGCCACAACCUCAGCAACAAUUUCCUCCGUCACAACUGUUUUCUCCAAGCAUUAAUGGCCCCACCACAAUGGGUGGCAUGAGUGCGCAACAAAGCCCUAAAGUCAGCAAUGCGCCUACCCCUCAACAACGGAAAUUGUCGAGGACAAGUAAUUUGUCUAAUCAUAACUCGCCACAGGUUAAUUCACCGUAUGUUCAGAAUCAACAAUUCAGACAACAACCACAACAGCAACAGUCGGGUAAACAAACAACUCCUCAAUUUACAACGCAACAUAAUACUCCUCAAGUUCAGUCUCAACCGACUCCUCAAUUCCCACAGCAACCUGUGCCUCAAAAAUUUCAACAGCAACAGCUUCAACAACAACAGCCUCAACAGCCUCAACAGCAACAGCCUCAACAGCAAUUUCCUAAACAAUUUUCUCCACCACAACAGAAUCAAGCUACGCCAAUGACAAUGCAGCAGCAACAAAGUCAACAAAGGCAGCAACAGCUUCAGCAACAACAGCAGCUUCUACAGCAACAGAAGCUUCAACAACAGCAACAACAGCUUCAGCAACAACAGCUUCAGCAACAACAGCUUCAGCAGCAGCAACAACAGCAAGCACUACCACCACAACCUCAACCUCAACCAUCGAGGUUGCAACUGUUUGAUGAAAAGUCAAGACAAGCGCUGAUCCAGCAACAGCAGCAGCCACAACCGCCAAGCAGACAGGUUUCACAAACUGCAACUACUCCUCAUAUUAAGAAAGAAGUUACCAAAGAAGAGGCAAAUGUUCUUCGAAACUAUGUACCUUUCAAAAGAAUUAUUGAUACUCAUGGAAAUCACAACAUGAAGGAACUUUCGAUACUUUCUGGAGAAAUCGAAGCAACAAAGCCUAUUUAUUUAUUUGCACCUGAAUUGGGUACUAUAAAUCUACAAGCUUUAUGUAUGGCGAUCAAAAGUGAUCAAGGAGUUCAGAGUUCAGAAGUUGUCAAUGCUUUGAAUACGUUGUUGGUUACUACAUCUGAUUCCCAAUAUACUUUUUCCAUAAAUGAUUGUAUCGAAUUAUUGGAUUCAUUGUGUAAAUUGGGUAAAGAAGUUUUGCACAAAACAAUUCAUGGCAAACCUUCAGAUAAAGAUGUGGGUGAAGAGGAUGUAAGAACAUUAAAUCCCCAUAGUACAAUUGAGGAUGUUUUUGCCAAGUAUGUUUCCGGAAAAGGUGAAGAUAUUCUGUAUGUUGUUAAUUCAUUAACUGGCGAAUUGAUGUGUGAAGAUGACGAAGAUGAAGAUGAAGUAAAUAAGUUGUUUGAUUUUGUUGAAGGCAAAGAUUCAGACACGCCACAAUAUUUGCAAUCUCCUCCUCCACCGGCAGCUUGUCCUGGUUCUCAUUCAGAACAUCAAGAACCAGAGGAAUUUUACAUUGAUGAUUAUUCAACCGCUUUACAGAAUUUUAACCUGGAGAAUAGAAACCAUUUUAGUAAGUUGCAAACCAAGAGCGCUACUGAUGAUCAAGUGUUUUUAAUCGAUGAAUUGAUCACCAUUACUAUGAUUUUGAGAAACAUAUCAUUUUCAGAGUUUAAUAAGGAAGUUAUGGCCAAUAAUGGAUUAUUUAAAGAUUUGUUAUUUUCCAUCGUCAAGAAUAUUGCCAUGCAUCGUGAUAAGUUUAUGUUUAGUAGGAAAAGGUUGUGUUUAUUAAAGGAUUGUCUUUUGAUGUUGGAUAAUAUUUCCUAUUAUGUCCAUUUACGGUCAUUGGAAGAAGCAUUCCUUUCAUAUGUUUUGAUUACUAGUUUUGGGCCAGAGAUUAAGGAAGUUUGGACUAUUCCCAGGUGUAAUCUUGAUACUCAUUCAUAUUUUUCGUUUGCGAUUGAUGCCUUUACCAAAUUAUUGGUUAGAGAGCCAUUUAAUCGAUCAUUAUUACAUGCAGUAUUAACAGGGAGUUUAAAUUUGGGAAUGACAACUAGUUAUGUCAAUAGUUUUGUUGUUUCACAGUAUGAUCAAGAGCAUACUAAGAAAUUGAUUACUUUGUACUUGGGCGAAAGUGCCAAAGAUUUAAAGAAUGGAGUUUUGUUAACGAGAGCAUUUCAACUGUUGAUGAGUAUUAUCCCCUAUGAUGCCAAUAGUUUUGAGUUUUCGAAAUUUGUAUUUCUUCGAGCACCAACCAUUUCACAAAUGUUUUUUGGAGUCAAAUUGAUUAUUGAUAUGGCGCCAAUUAAUGACUUGAAUACUUUUGCCGACAAAAUAUCCUUAUAUUGGAUCUUGUAUAAUCGAGAGUUGUUGUUGGGCAAUUUUGUUCGAAUUGUUGUCGCAUUGGCUUCUGAAACAGGUAAAUUCCCCAAAGAGUCACCCGAACAUACAAUUUUGUCAUCGUGUUUGAGUAAGGCAUUAAUUGUGGUUAAUUCAUUAGUUGAAAAUGCGGUGGUGGCAAAGAAUAUAGAGUAUUCGGGUGAAACUGAUUACAGGAAUGCCGAUUUAAUGAAUCAAUUGACGGAUUGUUAUGCCUUUCCCAGAAUUAUACCUGAUAUUAAUUUAACUUUGGAUACGUUUUUGGCACCGACAAUUGAUACCAAUUUAGGAAAAGAAAUUGUAAGGCUAUUGAGAUAUUUGAAAGAUUUGAAAGCUUGUGAAGGCAUUUGA